AGUUCGUUCGUUUGUGAAAGAUAUCGUUCAAUAUCGUUCAAAAUGUACAAACCGAUUCUUCUGUUCGGCUUUUUGUCCAUUGCACUUGCAGCUGAUGUACCGGCUACUACUCCAAUUCCCUCUAUCUUCAAUCAAGGAUAUUACAGAAAUCAAUUGUAUUCAAAUAGGUUCAAUCCUUAUUACAACAACUUCAAAGGAAACAAAUACUAUCAACCCGAUUAUCGAUACAAUCAAGCUGGUUAUUUCGACAAAGACUACCAGAAAUACAAUCCAGGUAGCUAUUACAACAGAGACUACUACAACAGAGAUUAUUAUAACAAAAACUACUACAACAACGAGUACUACCAGAAAUAUAUUCAUGAUGCUAGAAAUGCUGGCAUUCUCCGUUUUGUAAACGAUGUUCAACCUGAUGGCAGCUACCAAUAUAGUUUCGAAACACAAAAUGGAAUUGCUGCUGAAGAACAAGGAGCAGUUAGGGUGGCAGCAGAUCACACAGCUCCUGUUGUCGCACAAGGAUUCUAUCGCUAUACUUCUCCCGAAGGAGUUCCAGUUGAGGUUAGAUACACUGCCGACGAAUUUGGAUACCAUCCACAAGGAAGUGUAAUUGCUGGCCCAGGUCGUGUCUUUGGUUAUAAGAGUGCUGCUGACAUUCCAGCUGCUGAGAAAAAAUGAUUUCAUGAGACAGUUCAUACUGUUUUGUUCCUUCGAACUUCGAAUUGUGAUCCUAUUACUACCUUUACUAUUAAAUAGCGCUUAACUUACA